AUGGCCGAAGGUCUCGCUGCUGUUGGGGUUGUCGCCAGUAUAGCUCAGCUCGUCGAUUUCAGCGCCAAAGUCAUCCUUCGCCUCAAGGAGUUCCAUUCUCUUGUAGAAGAACUGCCGAUAUCCCUUCGCCAUGUCAGCUCUGAGUUGCCUGUUCUAAGCACUACACUAGAGAGCAUUUGUCAAAAUCUGAAGGUAAACCCAGCAGAUUCCAAACUCGAAGCUGCUCUGCUAUUGGUAGUCAGUAAGUGCCACGAACAGAUAGCCCAACUAGACGCUAUCAUUGUGAAGACGUUGCCGACUGCUGAUGACAAGUGGUUGGCAAAGAGCAAGAAGGCGAUAGGAAGCCUGCAACGGGAGGACAAAGUUGAGAACACUACAAAAAUCUUACGAAACUACAUUGCGACGCUAACAUUCUACCACACUGUCACAUUAUCUGCCAUACAACCGCUAAAAGGUUAA